AAAGAGGAAGUGUAUUCUGUGAAAGUAGUUGGUCGUCCAACGUGUUCCUCCCAAAAUCAAAACACGUGCUCGUACUGCAGUGGACGCAGAGCAGCUGAUGGAACAAACAAACCAGUUUACCAUAGCAUAAUUUUCAGCUACAACUAAAAUGUCGCCUCCAGUAUGUAGUUGUGCUGAACAAGUCAGAAAACUCACACAGCAGGCGUCAGUAAUGAGAAGAGAGAUAAAAACCUCAGGUAGACAGCAGAUGGAUGGAGCCAUACGAACACAUAAGAAGCAGAUGUCAUCUCUUCAGUCCAUGCUGACAGACUGUAAACAUGAAGACAGAUUACAAUCAGUGAUCAAAAGCCCAACUCAAAGCCCUAGUGAAAUCAAUCAGUUAUUAGAGCAAGGGCGUAUUCAGACGGUACCGAUUGGAUACAUCAGGUCAUGUUUUGCAGUCAAAAAUGGCACUCCACGACAACCCACCAUAUGCAGUUCUUCUCGGGCCAGCUUAAAGAUUGAACCCUCAGUCUUCAAUAACCCUGAGCAUUCUUUAGUUGGCCUGGAACAGUACUCCCAUAUCUGGAUCGUUUUCGUCUUCCAUAAGAAUGGGCAAAUGAGCUACAAAGCCAAAGUAAAGCCACCCCGUCUGAAUGGCCAGAGGGUGGGGGUGUACUCCACCCGUAGCCCCCACAGGCCUAAUGCUUUGGGACUGACCUUGGCUAAGCUAGAAAGAAUCACAGGGGAUACACUUCACUUGUCAGAUGUUGAUAUUAUUGCUGGAACACCUGUGCUAGACAUCAAGCCAUAUAUUCCAGACUACGAUUCUCCAAAAACAAGAAGAGAUGAUACCAACCGUGAAUAUAGACAAACAUCACCAUUCACAGACUCUCAGAUGCCCCAAGUGAUGGAUCUAGACGAAGAACCAAACAUCUCCGGGACAUCAUCUGAACCCUCCUCAGAGCUCAGAGUUUGUCCAGCUGGACCUUCAGAUUUCUCUCCGCCAGAAAGGUGUGGAUCCAGUGAUGUGACUGAUGUGUUAGCAGAGGUUAAAAACUAUGUCAAACAACAGCAGCUUUUCACUGAAAGUCCAGAAGACAAACAGACAGAUUCUCCUGAAUGCACUUCAUUGUCAACCAACCGUUUAAGUUCAUCCAGUCUUAAAUUUGGAUGUGAGGACUACAGUACUAUCGCUGCCUGGGUCAGGGCACCUCCUGUCAGUAACUUGGACGUGCGGUUUACUGCGAAUGCCGAGAAAGAGCUCAAAGAGUUUGUUCCCUGCGACAGUACAGACAGCACAAGACCAAAGUUCCAGUUCUUGAAAGGACCAGAAGAGGCAGUGGCAGCCAUCAAAGGCAUUCUGUCAGCUGACCCUAGAUCAGUAUAUCGUCGCACACGUUGUCAGGACCGCCUGUUCUUCUUCACCCUUGAUACAGCUGACAUCACCUGCUGGUUUGGAGAUGGUUUUGCUGAGGUUGUGAGAGUCAAACCUAUGAAGAGUUGAGAAGAACUCACAAAUGUUGUCUGAGAUUUCUGUCAAAUUAAAAAUAAAAGCGAGAGUUCACCUAAAAAUGUAAAUUCUGUAAACAUUUACUCACCCUCAUAUCAUUGCAAAACCCAUAAGACUUGAUUUUUCUGUGGAACUUAAAAGAGGGGUUUUUUUGUUUUGUUUUUUGAGAAAUGUCCAUAAAAUAUUUUUUUCUCUUUGUCCAUACAAUGGAGGUCAGUGGUCACCAAAAUUGUUUGGUUACCAUCAUUCUUCAAGAUAUCGGCUUUUGUGUUCCAAAGAAGAAAAAGUUAGUGAUGUCAUUUUCAUUUUUGGGUGAACUAUCCCUAAAUUUGUGUUAUUGAUUAAUGAUUAACUAAAUUUAGUCUGUUGUUUGUGUGCACUAAUAGCAACAGGAAAUUACAAAUAUUGUCUCAAAGCACUAAUUUACUGUUUUAAAGAUAUGUUAUGGUUCACAGCAUAGAUCUAAAUGUUAACAUACUGUCCUUAGCAAGCAACUGAAUUGCUAGAAUUUGUGUAUGAUUAUUUAUUACAUAAUUUGUUAAAUGUUUUCAUUAAAGUGCUGGGUUUAUUAAAGGUGCCGUAUGUAAUUUUUUGACAUUACUAAAGCAUAAAAUUCCAUGAUGUGUUUACAGAUACUGUAUUUAGAAAAGAUGCUAAGCUCACAUGUUCCUCCACAAAACAAUGCUGCAGCCAUUAAUUGUAUUUUGAAAUGUCUGUUCUGUGUCAGAACGUCUGAUUAUGUCUUGGUCUGUGUGAUUUGAUCCUCUGCCAGUUUAACCAGUAAUAUUUUGACACCCUGGGUGGCCAGUUGGCAGAAAACACCACGUAUUGCAGCCAUGAAAGCCAGCAAAUAAACAGAGUUUUCAGAUUCUACUUGACCCGAUCUAAAAGCUCUAUGACCAGAGACAUUAAAAUGUGGAUAAAUAAACUUGUCAACUUACA